AUGUCUCUUACCACAGUCGUAAUAUUUUUCAAGACUAUGCAAGCGGCGCGAUGCCCGACGGACGAGCUGUCGCUGACUAACUGUGCCGUGGUGAGCGAGAAGGAUCUGCAGUCGGGACAACACGUGACUGUGAAGACGACGCCCAACCACAAGUUCGCAUUCACAGUCAAGACCCAUCACACUGUGGCUCCUGGGAGCAUCGCCUUCAGCCUGCCGCAGAGGAAAUGGGCCGGACUCUCCAUCGGUCAGGAGGUGGAAGUGUCCAACUACAACUUUGACAAGUCCAGGCAGUGCAUCGGCUCCAUGACAAUCGAGAUCGACUUCCUGCAGAAGAAGAGCACCGACUCCUCCCCCUACGACUCCGACAAGAUGGCCGCCGAAUUCAUCCAGCAGUUCAACAACCAGGCGUUCUCCGUCACGCAGCAGCUCGUCUUCAGCUUCUGCGACAAGCUGUUCGGUUUGAUGGUGAAGGACAUCGAGGCGAUGGACUCCAGCAUCCUCAAAGGAGAGCCGGCCUCUGCCAAGAAGCCGCAGAAGAUCGACGUCGGCCUGAUGGUGGGAAACAGUCAGGUGGUGUUUGAGAAGGCGGAGAGUUCCUCCCUCACACUCGUCGGAAAGGCAAAGACCAAGGAGGCUCGACAGACGAUCAUCAACCCGGAAUGGAACUUUGAGAAGAUGGGGAUCGGAGGUCUGGACAGGGAGUUCUCCGACAUCUUCCGCAGAGCCUUCGCCUCCCGAGUCUUCCCUCCAGACAUCGUGGAGCAGAUGGGGUGUAAGCACGUGAAGGGCAUCAUGCUGUUCGGCCCCCCAGGCUGCGGUAAAACGCUGAUGGCCCGGCAGAUCGGCAAGAUGCUCAACGCCCGUGAGCCGAAGGUCGUCAAUGGCCCAGAGAUCCUCAACAAGUACGUGGGAGAGUCUGAGGCCAACAUCCGCAAACUGUUCGCCGACGCAGAGGAGGAGCAGAAGAGGCUGGGAGCCAACAGCGGCCUCCACAUCAUCAUCUUCGACGAGCUGGACGCCAUCUGCAAGCAGAGAGGCACCGGCGCCAGCAGCACGGGCGUGCACGACACCGUGGUCAACCAGCUUCUGUCCAAGAUUGACGGCGUGGAGCAGCUCAACAACAUCCUGGUCAUUGGUAUGACCAACAGACCCGACCUGAUCGACGACGCUCUGAUGAGGCCCGGCAGGUUUGAGGUCAAGAUGGAAAUCAGUCUGCCUGAUGAGAAGGGGCGUGUCCAGAUCCUGACCAUCCACACCAACAAGAUGCGAGGCUUCAAUCUUCUGGCCGCUGACGUCGACAUCAAGGAGCUGGCUGCUGAGACCAAGAACUACAGCGGAGCAGAACUGGAGGGUCUGGUCAGGGCCGCUCAGUCCACCGCCAUGAACCGACACAUCAAGGCUACGUCCACAGUGGAGGUGGACAUGGAGCGAGCAGAGAAGCUGAAGGUCACCAGAGCCGACUUCCUGGGAUCCCUCAACAACGACAUCAAACCCGCGUUUGGUACGAACCAGGAGGAUUAUUCCAGCUACAUCAUGAACGGCAUCAUCAAAUGGGGCGACCCGGUCACUCAUGUUCUGGACGACGGGGAGCUGCUGGUGCAGCAGACCAAGAACAGUGAUCGCACACCGCUGGUGGCUGUGCUACUGGAGGGUGAGGGAUCACAAUCACACACAACGUGUCGCUGA